AUGUUGAAACCUACAUAUUACGGUUACUAUCUGGAUUCCUUCGUAGUGGAACUUGUGGAGAAAGACAGCAUCUAUUUCCCUGCCCAAGGGCCAUCCAUCGAAAACGUACGAAAACUCCUCUGCAAUCACCCGGAAUGCCUCCACGCUAUUGCAGAGCACUAUGAAUCUAUCUCCAGCAGUGAAGCCGCCGCUCUUAUGAACGCUUACGACAAGCUGUCUACAUUCCUAGACGUAAAUCGUGUCUUGAUGAUGGAGUUCACAUCAGAUCCAAAUGUCACUUGGGCUGUUUUCACGGAUAUAAUUUCCGUGGAUAAGAGCCCCGGCGCUAGGUAUAAACACCCGGCAGAGAGGAUGGGCAAGUCGCAUUACAAAUAGAGGACUUUGGUUGGUAACUAACUGGAAACCAUCACGGAAUGUAGGGAUGAAAGCGAUCUAGGUAGAUCGAAACGGUCGCGGAUGGGAUGCUGCAAGGCGCGAUAUCCGGCCCACAGUGAUUGUGCAGAGCUUGGGAAGGAUUCCAAAUAUUCUUCGUUCUCUGCAGAUUUCGAACCCAGCCAGGGGUACGACUGAAAAAAAAAAAUGAAGGUAUUCAGAUCCACCCGGGUUUGUGUCUUAUAGAUUAACAGCCACGGACACAUUCCGAAUAGGCCAAUAGAAACCUACUAUUUAUACACAUGGACUUUUUGUAAAAACAUGUGAAAUUCCGGGCCGAGGGAGAAAGAGAAACAACUGCGAAGCAAGGCGAACGCCCACUUUAACAUUACCCGAGUGGAUCGGAUCAGGAUGAGUUCUGAACAAGAUUAAUCUAGUUACCUAGUAUUGCCGGAG